UCAAGCGUUCGCCUCCAGAGGGAGCCCAUCCCAGCGCUACUGUGGUCCGCUCUUGGCGGCAAGAGCCCCGCCCCUAGGCGGUGCCUUGCGCCGGCUGCAGGCAGAGUCGGGGAGUGCAGCCUGCUCAGGUGUGUGUCGGCACAGGAGCACCACCAGGGCGAGUGCGCUUUCCUCGGCCGCCGCCGCGCACCUAGCCAUGCUGCCCGCUGUUGUCCGGAGGUGGCUGCACAGACCGAAGCGUUCUGAUUCCAGGCUGCUGUCACAGUUUUUCUAUGCUGAUGAACGAGUGACGCAAGUGGUAACAGAGAUCAACUGCCUGGAUGUAGAGACAGAUCCUCAGCAAUACCUGGUGCUGCUGAAUCAGUUGCACCUUAGCCAGACUGAAUUGCUCAGCAUCAUAGAGCAGAUCAUGGAUGAGUGCAUCCCCAAGGAACGUCAUGGCCGUGACUACGUCAUCAAAUUCCCGGAAGACCUUCUAGUGGACAACCUCCGGAACCAUAUGCUCUUUGCUGCAGAGUGUUUGAUGGCACGCACCUACAUUGAUGUGGAUGAGGCAGACGGAGUGCGGCUGCGGCCUUUGGCCAAGGAUCUGCUGUGCAGCUUGGAGCUGGUGCGGACAGUACUCCGGGAACAAAGCUUGAGCCAAACUGGACCGUAUCUGGAGCCUGUCCGUAGGGCACUGAUCCGCUUCGAUAUGCUCUUUGCUGAGUUUGAGUUGAGCUACGUAUCUUCAUUAGUCUCUGUGAAGUCACCUGAAGAGAUCUAUAAGCAGCAGGAGAUUGUUGUGCUCUUCUGUGAAACUGUGGCCAGAGCUCUGAAACUCGGCUACUUGACUCAGGAGAUGAUUGAUGGGUAUGAGCCACAGCUGAUGUUCACCAUUCCCCGCCUGGGCAUUAUUAGUGGGCUCCUGAUUUACCCAGAUGGACCCCUCAACUUGGAACGAAGGCCUGAGGAGAUAUCCCGAGUCUUCAGCCCCUUUUACAUCUUGCUUAGAAAAAUCAGAGAUCUGCUGCGUGUGCUGUCCAGGGAGGAGCUAUAUGUGUUGGAGAAGCGUGUGCUGAAUGAGAGUGCUACAGAUUCACAGCCUUUUAGUAAUGUAGACUCACCUGACUUCAAGGGCUCUUCUACCCCAUGUGCGUGUCCAUCUUCUCCAAGACAUUUUGGGCAGGAAUCUAGUAGCACUCAAAUAAGAAAAAUCAAUAAUGUGCGACAAAGCACCCGGUGGUUGGAACUGCGAUCCCGUUACAACACCACAGAGGACAUGAUUCACACACUGUUUGUCUGCAUCUCUGGAGUGGCAGACCAGCUCCAGACCAACUUUGCAAGUGACCUGCGUGCCAUCCUGAAGACGGUUUUUGAAAUUGUUACAUCCAGGACAGAGGAUCUGGAGGUGACAGACACUGGCCAGGUGGAGUUCUUUGUGGCCCCAGCAGCUCCUCGCCUGGCAGACUGUGCUCUCUGCUCCAGUAACAGGGAAGGCAGUGGAAGAGAAGAUGCUUUGGUCCCACCAGACUGGGUGCCAGACAGCACCUGCAGCCACUGCAUGGCUUGCCACGUGUCUUUCACUUUUCUUCGUCGACGACACCACUGUCGGAGUUGUGGGAAGAUCUUUUGCUCCCGCUGCUCAUCCCACCUGGCACCUCUGCCCCACUUCAGGCAACUGAAGCCAGUUCGUGUCUGCACUCACUGCUACACCACCCAUUUGCCUCCCACCAGCAAAAAUGCCAGUUGCUUAUGAUGGAUGGGGGGCUUCACUGAACACCUUCUGUGCCUGAGGAAAUGCCAAAGACUGGAAGCCAGCCACAACACCACAAAGUGCCUCCAGCAAAGAACUGUGGGGGCAACCACAUAUGUCUUGCUAUGACGUUUUCCAAAGGGCUUUUGAUGGGAAGAGGGAACUCUAGGAUUUCAUAGGAUUUGGUGAAAUCUUCAAAUGUUAGCUUAAAGAACACUUACGAUACAUUGGGCUGGAACUCGAAUUCACUGCAGGAACUGCUUGGGCAAACACUUCUAAAUACCAAUAUAAGCCACUUUCCCUAUUACUCUUUCCUGUGGUGAAAUAAACUCUGGCCCAUACAGGGACUGCCUGGUGCUGGUCACCUGGUUUUCAGGAUUCUUUUAUUUAGGAAAAGGGUCAGGGAACCCUAAGGCUACUUUUCUGUCCUACAGAUUCAUUUUUGACAAAGCUGUAAGGUUGCAUUGUCAGAUUUGGCUGUAAAGUGCAAUAAGGGCUUUAUGAUGCUUUUCACGGGAAUUGAAAGCCAAGUUCUUGACUUCAAACAACAACAAAAGCUUAUGGAGGAUAGCCAUGACUUUUUGUCCAAUAGCUUCUGAUAAAAGCUGAGGGCUGCAACAAUCUUUGUAUGCAAUGUACAUUCUGUAAAUCUUUCCUGUCCCACUGUUUUGUGUGAAAAAUGCUCUGGAAGACAUACAACUUCUUUGAUACCAGCCUGGGCUGGUUAGUCUCCUGAAUACUUGAAUACGUGCUGUCUGUUACUAUUGCCAACUUUGUCUUCUCUGGGUCAAAAUCACUUUUUUGCUGGAUAUGCCUAUAGGAUUGCUGUUGGGUGUUGCUCAACAGAAUCUGCUGCUACACUCUUCUCCCAGGAAAAUGCAAAUACAAACUCUCAAACUUG